AAAGACACUUCUUCUGCCCGCCCCCCUUUUUCUCUCUCCUUUGUAUUUCCUUAUUUUGGCCUUCUGGGUUCUUUCUCUGAACCUUAACCUUGUGAUCUUUAACCAUGAAUAAGAUGAAAGGGGUUGUUGCUGCCAUAGAGUAUUCUCCAUGUGCGAUGUACGUGGACCAAAGGAUGAGGUUCAAGCACCAGAGUCUUUUGCAAGACUUUGAAGACUUGCACAUGGAAACAGAUGCCAUGAGAAAGAAAUUGCAGAAGAUGAAAGAGCGAAGACUGACCCUGUCGGCCGAAGUUCGGUUUUUGAGGAGGCACAAGUUCUUGAUGCAAAACCGUUCAUCAAGCAUCGAAGCCAGCUGGAACUUUGUGCAGCCACCGAAUACGGUGGUUAGAAGUAAAUCCAAUGUGAAGGAGAAGAAUUCAACAGGAAGGGGAAGUAGUUUGCGCCGCCUAGCUAUGUCGUUCGGUCUGAGCCAAAAGAGAAAGACCUAUAGUGAAAAGGAAGCCUCUUUCAUUCAUCAUUCUCAUAUGUUUGACUUAAACCAGAAGCAGCACAAAAAUAUCAAUGGUAAGGGUGAUGCUCUUUUGCAAAGGUCUUCACCGAUUCUUGAUUUAAAUCAGAGGGAAAGGCUUUACGGUGGAAGGGAGGCUACUGCUCAAACCAUGAAACCAAUUUUCGAUUUAAAACAGAUUUCGAGAGAGGAAGAAUUGCAGUCCAUGGACAAUUCAAAGAGAAUAGAGGAAUUCAAGAAAAGUACGAUCCGAAUUCCAUGCGACUGGCAGCACAAUGAUAUUAAAAUAUCAACCUGCAGGAACACCGGAAACGGACCGAACAGAGUCGGGAAAAGAAAGAUCUCAUGGCAGGAUCAGGUGGCAUUGAGGGUUUAAGUCUCUUGUAAUAGAAGUUGCUUAGUUGGAGGGGUUGAGAACUAAGUGAAUUUAGCUUGCCUAACUGCCCCUCUUUUAAUUGAUAUAUGUUCUUCUCGUUCCUCUUUUUGUAAAGAAAAUAUAGUGGGCAUAUAUAAAAUUGCUUCCUU